GGGAUGUAUUAUUAGCAGCUCAUGCUUUGUUGUGGAGCCUGCUGCCAAGUGUUAAAGCGGUGGGUGGGAUUUUGCUCACGCUGCUGUGGACUGGAAACCAGCAGCAGUCUCCUGAUGCAGGCAGCCAUGGAGUUGCGAAAGAAAAGUCCCCGUCUCCUCCACUCUUUAACAAGCUGUGUUUUCGCCGUGUGUGUCGGCCUGCAGGCUGUUAGUGCGGAAGAUUGCCCAGCUGAUGGACGCACCUGGGUGCCCAAUGGAAACAAGUGUUACCACUUUCUCCACGGAGAAGAAGACCGUAUCAAGAGUUACACUUUUGAAAGAGCGACAAGUCUCUGCCAUGGAUUUGGGCUUCUGACCAUCCAGAGCACAGAGGAAAAUGACUUUGUCAUUAAUUACAGCCGUGAAGUGUGGAAAGGCCCCGUCAUCAUGUGGCUGGGAAUGUAUUUUGAUACAAACAGUGAGGACAUGAGGUGGUUAAAUGAGAAACCUGUUACGUUCACUAACUGGGAGAGCGGCGAUCCAUCGGACCUCCUGCCAACAGAAACGUGUGCGGCUCUGCACAGCGACACCGGGAAGUGGGAAAAUGUAAGCUGCGUAGACGACGUGGAGAACGGAGUGGUCUGUGAGACCAUCCAAGAAACAAAGCAAGCCAAACAGAAACCCAGCACGCUGAUCUCUGCCCUGGUCAUCCUCAGCGUGGUGGCUAUCGUGGGCGUCUCUGCAGUGAUUUGGUUUCUGCACCAGAAGCACAGUUUUGGCUCCACCAUCUUCACAGCGUUCGAGUACCACCCUCCGUUCCGAGUCCUGGAUCCAGACCAGUCCUGCCUGGUGGAGGCUGAGGAGACAGACGACGUGUCAUAGGAGAUCUCUCUUUCUUUUUCCUCGAUAGAAAAUGCCAGGCCCUUCUCACCUGCUGAUUUAUGCAAUAAUAAGUCAACUCUUGUAUCGGUUAUCAACAAUUUAAUUAUUGUCAGUGACUUAAAAUUAUCUAAUCUGAUUGCGGGGAAAAUGAUGCCAAAUUACUGAUACUAACAUCUUCUGCAUGAUUUGUACUCUUUGAUAUUAGUGCAUUUUCAUUGUAGUUUGUACCAUCAAGCACUACAUACUGCACUACAAGUAUUCUGCAGCAUGUUUAAAUAAGGAUGUUUUGUUUUGCAAAUAAUUAGCUAUUCUAUGUAAAGAUUCAAGCUUUUAUGGUUUUUUUCUGAGCCAGAAAAAUGUUUCUGUUACACGACUAUUGCACUAAUUUAGCACUGUAGUCCCCCAAAGUUCAAUGACUAAAACCUAAAAGGAGCAAAAAUCAAAGUAGCUUGAUUUUUAGUUUUUAAACAGAAUUAAGCUUAGUGUUUUUUUUGUGUGUGUUUUUGCCAAAGCUGACCUGACUUUUUGAGCUAAGCUAGUUGAGAACUGGGUUCAGAAGCCCACACAUACAGAUCAGAUCAGAUCAGAGGAACCACUCUUCAUCCAGUUGUACUUUGUUCCUGUCACUUGCACAUGUAAAUAAUCUAAUCUGAACUCAGCUGCAGCUUGAAUGGAGCAAACGCCGGACUAAAUGAUGUGAGGCUGCACUGUUGAUUCAAGCCAGUUUCCAGGUAAGACAUAUUCAUAACGGAAACAUUUCUUCAAUAGUAAGGAAGAGAUGUCCUGACCUGUUGCUCAGGGGUUUGUAACAUUUUUAUAAUAAAAAUUAAUUAGACUAUAAAGAUUGGGUGCAUGGCGUCUCACCAGGCUGCUGUGGCCGACCAGUCGGGGGUGGGGGUUUGUGCUUCUUGCACUUUAUCUUCUGAACAUUUCAUGGAACAAAACAUGCAGGCUUUUUUCCUGUGUGGUCAGAACCCUUUCAGAUUGGAUCGUUUUAGGUGGUUAUCAUAGGAAGCCUUUACGUUCACUCGUCAUGUGACAUCUUUAGGUUAGCGGGGUGAAAGACGAUGUUUUUAAAUGUAAUUUGUGUUUUGGCUGCCUUGUGAAAUGCUAUCAUAAUGUAGUGCCUUAAAAGUUCUAAAUAAAUCAUGAAUGAUACAAAAAAAAAAAA